AUGUUUCAUAUUUCUUAUAAUAUGUCUCAUAACAUGUCUAACAUGUCUCAUAAUACAUCUUAUAAUAUUUCUUAUGAUAUGCUUUAUAAUGAUGAAGAGGAUGAUGAGGAGGAUGAUGAAGAGGAUGAUGAGGUGGAUGAUGAAGAGGAUGAUGAGAAGAAUGAUGACGAGGAUGAUGAAGAGGAUGAUGAGGAGGAUGAUGAGAAGGAUUAUGACGAGGAUGAUGAAGAGGAUGAUGAGGAAGAUGAUGAAGAGGAUGAUGAGGUGGAUGAUGAAGAGGAUGAUGAGGAGGAUGAUGAAGAGGAUGAUGAGGAUGUUGAUGAGGAGGAUGAUGAAGAGGAUGAUGAGGUGGAUGAUGAAGAGGAUGAUGAGGAUGAUGAUGAGAAGGAUGAUGAGGAGGAUGAAGAGGAUGAUGAGGAUGAUGAAGAGGAUGAUGAGGAGGAUGAUGAAGAGGACGACGAGGAGGAAGAUGAAGAGGAUGAUGACGAGGAUGAUGAAGAGGAUGAUGAGGAGGAGGAUGAGGAUGAUGAUGAGGUGGAUGAUGAAGAGGAUGAUGAGGUGGAUGAUGAGGAGGAUGAUGAAGAGGAUGAUGAGGGUGAUGAUGAGGAGGAUGAUGAAGAGGAUGAUGAUGAUGAUGAUGAAGAGGAUGAUGAAGAGGAUGAUUUUAUUCUCUCCAAGAGCACAGCAGUUACCGUUUCUGCACUUGGCAAAAGCUCAACAUUUACGAGCGUACGACACAUUAUACCUACCUUCUUAUCUGGUGUAUAUCUAUGUAAGCAUUGUUGCAUUGUAGUUUUUUUCAUAUUUACCUCACUCUUUUUAUUUAUUGCUUUCUUUUCUUUGCUUUCUUUUGCUUGCUUUCUUUUUUGCUUUCUUUUUCCAAAUUCCCUGUAUUAUGUAUUAUAUCCACUUUACCUCUUCUUUUUCUUCUCUUUCUUUUCUUUUCUCUUGUGCUCUUUUUCUUUUCUUUUCUUUCUUUUGUUUUUUUUCUUUUUCUCUUUCUUUUACUUUCUUUCUGUUGUCUUCUUUCUUUUCUCAAGUUUUCUAUUCUCUACAUUAAUUCCACUUUUUAUCUAUCUCUCUCUCUCUUUUAUUCUUUUACUUUUCAACACUUUCUUUUCAACUUUUUGUUCUCUUUCUUUGUUUUUCUUUCUUUGCUUCUCUUUCUUUUGCACACUUUCCUUUUCUUUUUCAUACUCUCUUCCUCUCUUUCAUUUGCUCUCUUUCUUUUUCCAACUUUUUCUAGAGAAUGUAUUAAUUCCAAGCUUCAUUUACUUCCCUGUCUUUUCUUCUCUUUCUUUUGUACACAUUCUUGUUCUCUUUCUUUUCUUCUCUUUCUUUUGUACUCAUUCUUGUUUUCUUUCUUUUCUUCUCUUUUUUUCGGCAUCUUUAUCACUUUUGCUUUUUCCAACUUUUUCUAUAGUGUGUAUUAAUUCCACUUUUCAUUUACCUCUCUCUUUCAUUUCUUUUUUUCUUUUUCUUUUCUCUUUCUUUCUUUCUUUAUUUCUUUCUUUCUUUCUUUCUUUCUUUCUUUCUUUCUUUCUUCUCUUUCUUUUGCACUCUUUCUUUUUAGUUGCUAUUAUUGACUUAUUUCUCUUUUAG